AUGAUACUGCAUUCAAUUUUUCUCUACCUGAUAUUCUUACUACCAGUGUAUUCAGUAAUCCCAAAUCACUUCCAUUUUUCUGAUAAUUUUCGAAAAGUAGACCCGUCACAACUCAACGAGGACAUCAGUGUAUCCCUGUCAUAUCUCAUUCAACCUUUGGAUCCACUCUCUCCGGAAUCAACCAAGAAAUUCCAGCAGCGUUAUCGGUAUUCAGAGCAUUUUACAUCAAAUAAGAAGGCCGCAUUUCUUUAUGUUUCUGGACCGAAUGAUUUCGAUGAAGCUGUUUUGAAAAGUGACGGAAGUUCACUUGUGAAAGCUGCUGAAAGAUUUGGAGCAACUAUUUUUGCACUGGAGCACAGAUAUUAUGGAAAUUCGACGCCGAAAUUUGAAAAUUUCACCUCUGAAAGCCUCCAACAUCUCGAUUCCUAUCAUGCGAUACAAGACGUCAUAUUCUUCAUCGAACACGCAAAUACUCAAUUCAAAAUGGAUUCAGAUGUGAGAUGGGUCCUUUUUGGUUCUGGAUACGGAGGAAUCAUUGCUGCAGAGACUAGAAAAUGGGAUCCCAUCACUGUUUCUGGAGUAGUUGCAGUUUCAUCUCCAAUUGAAAGAGAGAUGGAUUUUUGGAAAUACAACAAUAAAGUUGAAAAGACCAUCAUGAAAUAUGAUUCGAGUUGCUAUAAUAAAAUCAAAAAAGGUUUUCGACAGGUUCAAGACCUUAUGAACUUUAGCGAAGGUCGUAAUGAAUUAUCAGAUUUAUUUGAGUUGAAUCCGCCGUGGAACGAGAGAGAUCUGACUUUGAAUGAGAUUCAGAUGUUCUUUUUGUCGAUUAUUGCCCCAUUCCAACAAGUUGUUCAGUAUGAUAACCAGUUUGAGCUAUCGAUAAAAGGACUAUGUGAUGCGAUUCAUGAGAGUUGGGAUUCAGUUGAAGCGAUUCAUCAAGCUUAUGUCUACUUGAGUACUCAAUUGACUGGGAGCAUGCAACAGAUGAAUUCAACCUACGAGAAAUUUGUAAACGAUUUGGGGAGUGUCGACCGGAAAAGUGCAUUUACCCAAAAACGCUUCUGGCAAUACCAAAUGUGCACUGAAUUCGGAUGGUUUCCUACAACGAACGACAAUGAAGAUAGUCUAUUUGGAUCAGUUGUGCCUCUUAGUCUAUUCUUUAACCAAUGCUUUGACAUCUUCCCAGAUUUAUACAAAAACGAGACAGCUAUCAAAAUAAGAGAUGAUAUCCAAAAAGCUAAGAAGUUCUAUGGGAAAUAUUCUGGAACAAAUGCUGUAUUUAUCAAUGGAGGAAAUGAUCCAUGGAGGGUUCUCGGGAGAAAUGUGUCUGAUAAAUUCUCAGUGGUCACACUGACUGUUCCACGUGCUUCGCAUCUUGGGAUCUACGACCAAAAGGAAAUUCAGAAGGUCCAAGAAAUUGUUAUGGAGAAUAUCCAUGUGUGGGUGAGAGGACCGAAGAAUUCUGUGACUUUUAUGGAUACUGUGGAGCCAUGGAGACGACCAGAAACUCAUGACGCCAAUUCCAAAAAUAGUAAGCAGAAAAUGUCAAAGCAAGAGAAUGAUGAUCGAUUUUCGAAAUUUGUUGAAAAGUUUUCAUCAGAGAAAGAAGAAUCCGAAGACUUUCAUUUCUUCGGAAUGAAACCAAUUGCUCGGAUGUUUCGAGGUGAUGAGGAUGAAGAAUUUGACAAGGAAGGAAUGGAAAUUGGAAUGUUUCGACAGAGAAUAGAUCACUUUAAUAACAAAAACACAAAGUUUUUCCAACAAAAGUAUUUUAAAAACUCGAGAUUUGCUAGGCCAGGAGGACCAAAUUUUCUCAUGAUCGGAGGAGAAGGUCCCGCUCGUGGAAGUCACGUAAAGAAUCUGAAUUCGUCAAUAAUGAGAAGAGCAAAAAAAUAUGGAGCAAUUGUUUACUUGUUGGAACACAGAUUCUAUGGAGAUAGUGUAGUGGCAAACAACACUGAUCUCAGCACACUGAGUUCUCUUCAAAUGCUCUAUGACCUCGCUGAAUUCAUCAAAUCCGUCAACUUCAAAUCCCAAACUUCCAACCCGUGGAUUACUUUCGGAGGUUCUUAUCCUGGUUCUUUGUCUGCAUGGAUGAGAGAAAUAUUCCCGGGUCUUGUCAUUGGAGCAAUCGCUUCCUCAGCUCCAGUCCUCGCAAAAACUGAUUUCUAUGAGUAUAUGAUGGUAGUGGAGAACUCAUUUCUGAGAUACGAUCCUGCUUGUUACCAAGAGAUUAAGAACGGUUUUGAUGAGAUUCAUGACCUGUUUCAAACGGAUUCCGGACGAGAGAAACUUUCGGAUCUAUUCAAAUUGAAUCCAUCAUUCCGGGGCAAUAUUUCGGAAAUUGACAAGCAUUUUUUCUUUUUUGACAUCAUCGGCCCUUUCCAAUUUGCUGUCCAAUAUGCGGGAAGAGGAAGUGGAGGUUUUGUUGAAGACUCUAAAAUUGCAAUGCUAUGUCGUAAUAUCACAAAUGGCACACAGUCAAGUGUUGAAAAUGUUGCUAAAGUUGUUCUGGACGAUUUUAAAAACAAAAGCAUAAUUCAUUCGUUUUAUGACAAGAACGAGUGGAAACAAAUGAAGAAAACGAACGAGAAUUAUCUGUGGGGGUGGCAGACUUGUUCGGAAUUCGGAUACUUCCAAUCCGCGGAUUCAGGGAACAGUAUUUUUGGAGCAAUGAAUCCAGUGAGCUUUCAAGUUCAACAAUGCAUGGACAUGUUCGGAAAAGAGUAUAGGAGAGGGAAAAUUGAGGAAAAUGUGGAAGCGACGAACUACAGAUAUGGAGGAGUUGAUGACUUUAGAGGCACGAAUGUUGUAUUCAUAAACGGUGACGUCGACCCUUGGCACAUUCUGGGACUCUACAACUCAACUGAAAAAUCAGUUGUUUCAUAUCUGAUAAAUGGAACAUCACAUUGUGUAGACCUGUCUCCUCCUCGGGAUAAUGAUAUUGAUGGUGUGAAAAUUGCAAGAAAAUUGGUAGAUGAUAAUAUCAAGAUUUGGUUGGAACAAUCAGCCUGUCUUCGCAUUUCGACAAUGACGAACGCCACUGUCAUAUGUACCAGUCUAGACGAUUGGCUGACAAUGGCAGAAGGAAACGGAGAUCCGGAGAUUCAACUCGGAUUGAAGUCGUACCAUGGGCUGAAAUUCAAGUACCGCAUAGGAAAUGUCAAUCCACAGGCGAGAUAUGUGAUCAGAUGGAAUCGAAAUUCGCAAGGAAUUGGAUUCUGGAGGGAAACAAAGACAUUCCUUCUUCCAGAUGGAGAACUAUCUUUCCAACAUAUCGAAGUGAAAUCAGGAGAAGAAUUGCUAAGAGAAGAGGUCUACUUUGAGAAAAUCUUCUUCGAGAACAGGGAGAAAUUAGGAAAUCGUCCACAGAGGAAUCCACCGAACUACAUAAUCACUUUGACGUGCAGAAUCAAGUACUUCGUGUCAGUGGUGAUAACAAAUGCGGAAAACUAUCGAGAUACAUCUACACAUGGGAUCCAAUUUCAGUACUUUAUCGCUGUUAACGCGAAUGCACCUCUCGUGAAAAACACACGAGAAUCACAGAAAAUUGAGGAUCGACAUGACUCAGCGCCACCGAAACGGCGCCCUACUCCAAGAAAAACCGGAUUCAAGCAUCCGAGACCGACCAAAUAA